AGGAAUCUUUCUAACCCCUACUCAGAAUCUCUCUCUUCCGAUUAAGAGCAAGACCAUGUCAUACCUGGCGCCAGUGCUCGUGAUUGGUGGGCAAGGUGGUGGCAAAUUUGAUUUUGAUGGUAUUGGCAAUGGAGCAACUCUGCGAAAGAUAUGGGUGUGGGCAGGAGGCUGGCAGAUCAAGGCCAUAAAGGUGUGGCUUACUGAUGGCCAGUGCAGGCAAUUUGGAAAUCCUGCCGGGGACUUUAAAGAAUUUACAUUUGAAGAUGGAGAGCACUUCACUUCUCUCUCACUGUGGGGAAAUGGAGCUGGAACACGUCUGGGUGCCAUCAAGUUCAAGACCAAUCGCUCCCCAGAAUUUUUUGCACAUAUGACAGACUGGGGGCUGAAAACAGAAUAUCCAAUUGAUACUGGUUCUGGAAUCUGCGUGGGAGUCACAGGAAGAGCAGGUUCAGACAUUGAUAGCUUGGGUUUCAAAUUUAUAAACACCAUCAAGUCUACUGUGUUAAAGAACAUGAAUUAUCCCACACUUCAUAGUGUGAUACCCAAGGUGGCUGUUGAGGAAAUCAAAUCAAUGACUUACCACAACAAUACUAGUGAGAUGCAAGAAUACAAAAUAGAAUCCUCAAAAACAGUCACCAAAAAGUCAUCCUGGUCUGUGACCAACAAGAUUGAAUUCAACUUCAGCUUUGAAGUGCAGGCAGGCAUUCCUGAGGUUGUUGAAAUAAAAACUGGGUUUGGUUUUACUGUGGGUACUGAAAGCACAUAUAGUUUAGAGAACUCUGAAGAAAAAACUGAGACGUUCUCUUUCUCUUUCAAAGUUCCUCCAGGGAAAGUAGUAGAUGUAGACAUCACAAUUGGCCGUGUCACCGUAGAUCUCCCCUACACUGGCACUGUUCAAAUUACCUGCUUUAACAACAGUGUUCUGGAGUUUCCCAUCAGUGGCACCUACAAAGGUGUCACUUAUACUGAGGCAAAAGCCGUUGUUAAUGAAUCAGCAAAACUGCUGUGAACAGUCUGGAUCUUACUGUUGUCCUUGGAGGGGCUUAGUGAGCUUUGCACAAACAAAAACUAAUUUGUUAAAGAUUCUUAAUAGAAAAAAUUGACAUUGA